AUGAAACUGUUGGAAAUAUCUAUUGCAAGCGCUGGUGACGAUGGUCAUGGUGCUUCGGCAGCAGGCGCGGAUGCGAUUUUGAUUGUCGUUGGUGCAAUCGUGUUGUUCUUUUCUGUCAUAGUCAUUGGAGCUGCUCACAUGAAAACUGGAUUCUUGAACAAGUGGCUAGGCAGAGGCAGCGACGAAAUAAGCCCACUGCAGCUCAGCCGAGUAAAGCAGAAGGAGAAAACCAAGGCGAACUGCCCGACCCUUCAGACAGAAGAAGGAGAAUCGAAUUCGGAGACCGCCUCUGUUGGUCAAGUGCGUGUGGAGGAACGUCCAGCAGGAGAAGGUAAAAAUGUUCCAAUCAAAUCAAAUUGCAAGUCGAUAUUGAAGAUGAACAAGAGGACUUGAUGAAUGAUGCCGAGGAUGGAGCUGGAGGAGAACGACCAUCCAAGCUAGCGCAAACGGGUACAACCUCGGGCAUGAAAAAAGUCAAGCGUUCUCCAAGAGGCCUCCACGACGGCAAAGCCAUCCAAGAAGACAUCAUUAUCAUAGAUGAAAGCGUCUACUCGCAGGCACCAGUGUGCCGAGUUCACUAAUGAACAUAAUCAUAAUUUAAUACAUACUGAUGCAUAUUAUUAGAGUUAGAGACAACCCUUCACCCACUCGGAGCUUUUUGUUGAGUUCAUGUUUGUGAGCUCUACAUCUACAUCUUAUCAUCUUCAUCAUCAGCUUCAACUGGUUCAAGUACUUCUACUUACUUCACUAGCAGAAAUUGAAGCGAAGAGAAAGACAUCAGACGAGUAGGGUCUUUGCAGCUUCGCGACGUCAAGGUGAAGGUGGAUGGGAGUGUCAUCAAACUCAUUAUAGUUAUCUGCGGAAGACGUAGACGAUUGAUGCAAGGACAGAAG